CUACGUUUUUAUUAAUUUUUCUCGUGGAAAUAAACAACAUUUCCUUUAAAAAAUGACUGUUAAACGGCGUAAUCAUGGAAGAAGCAAAAAAGGAAGAGGGCAUGUAACAUCUGUUAGGUGUACCAACUGUGCUCGAUGUGUACCCAAAGAUAAAGCUAUUAAAAAAUUUAUAAUUCGAAAUAUUGUCGAAGCAGCGGCAGUUAGAGAUAUUCAAGCUGCAAGUGUAUAUUCACCAUAUAUUUUGCCCAAACUAUAUGCGAAAUUAAAUUAUUGUGUUUCUUGUGCCAUUCACUCGAAAGUGGUUAGGAACAGAUCUAGAGAAGCUAGAAAACUUAGAACACCUGUUAAAAGAUUUCCCAUGACAGGAAGAUCCCAAGGAGUACAACCUAGAAAAGUGUGACAACAAUAUGGAUCAUGAAAUUGCAAAAAUUAUCCUAUUUUAAAUUACAUCUUAUAUUUUUUAUAUAAAAUUAUAAAAUAUAAGUCUAGAUAUAUAUAUUGCUUCUUAUUGAUGAAAAAGAUAAACACAAAAUUUAUUAGCA